GUGUCAGUCCAAUCUGACGUGUAGAGCGGAUCGCUCGUAGGUUAGGUCGGCAAGUCGUCGUGUGGCUGUGCGUCCGGGAGGCAGGUUCUCUCUCUCUCUCUCUCUCUCUCUCUCUCUUUCUCUCGUGUUCAAACAAUCGUGAGAUCAUGCUCGAUCUGUUCACGAUAUUCAGCAAGGGCGGCAUAGUGCUCUGGUGCUUCCAGAGCACGUCCCAGAUUUUCGCGCCAAGCGUCAACGCUCUGAUAAGAAGCGUUAUACUGCAGGAACGCACAGGGAAUCACAGCUUCGAGCAUGACUCCCUGCGACUGCAGUAUAAACUCGACAAUGAGUUUGAGCUGGUGUUUGUGGUGGCAUAUCAGAAGAUACUGCAGUUAUCUUACGUGGAUAAAUUCCUGAAUGACAUCCAUUUAGAGUUUAGGGACCGUUUCAAGAACGAGCUCGAGAACUCGAGCUGGUUCACCAAUUUCGAAUUUGAACAUGCGUAUCGUGCGGUGCUCGACCGAGCUGAACAUUGGUCACGCUCACAGGCUAAGAUACCGAAGCAAAUGCGCACUUUUGACGAGAGUCAGAAGUCCAAAAAGACUGUCGCCAGCAUGAUCGAGAGGAAAGACGACAAAGACGAUAGGAAGCCAGGUAAAAAGAAGAGAGCAAAUAACUGUAAUGGGGAUUAUCAUACAAAAAUUCAAGAUGUUCCAAAACAGGAAUUGCCGAAACAGCAAAUGGAACAUAACGGGGAACUCAACGAAGAAACACUGAUUGCCAAUCGUAUGAAGCUCGCUCAGAAAAUGGCAGGACCAAAGAAGAAAGCUGACAAACAGAAAAGUCCUAAACCUGAGAAAGCUGGUAAGAAGCCGCGCAUCUGGGAAUUGGGUGGCACAACCAAGGAUCUUGCUACGCUAGAGCGAACUAAAGACAAGCCCGAAGAGAAUGAUGACUAUGUGGCAGCUAAUACAGCUCUAGUUGGACAGAUGAAAGGAAGCAUACGCGACCUCGAGGUGAACAGCGAUUCUGAGGACAGUUCCGAUCAGGAAGAGAUAGAGCAGUCCAAGCAGCAAGCGCAGAAGAAAACGAGUAUGUUCUCUAUGUUCAAGAGUCUGGUCGGCAGCAAAUCUCUAAAACAGGAAGACAUGUUGCCUGUUUUGGAGAAGCUGAAGGAUCAUCUGAUCACCAAGAAUGUCGCCGCGGAUAUCGCGCAGAAGCUAUGCGAUUCUGUUGGCACAAAGCUGGAAGGAAAAGUACUUGGUACCUUCGACAGCGUGGCAAAUACCGUGAAGGCCACCCUAACGGACGCUCUAGUGCAGAUACUGUCGCCCAAGAGGAGAAUCGAUAUUCUGCGAGAUGCUUUGGAAGCUAAGAAGAGUAACAGGCCUUACGUGAUGACUUUCUGCGGCGUCAACGGGGUCGGCAAGUCGACGAAUCUGGCAAAAAUCUGUUUCUGGUUAAUAGAAAACAAUUUCCGCGUACUGAUAGCCGCAUGCGAUACAUUCAGAGCUGGAGCUGUCGAACAGCUGAGAACGCACAUGCGACAUCUGAAUGCUCUACAUCCACCGGAGAAGCACGGAAAUCAGUCGAUGGUGCAGCUAUAUGAAAAGGGUUACGGUAAGGAUGCCGCGGGUAUCGCCAUGGAGGCGAUACGCUUUGCGAAGGACUCCAGGCUCGAUGUUGUCCUGGUCGACACUGCCGGUAGAAUGCAAGAUAACGAACCCUUGAUGCGAGCUCUGGCGAAGCUAAUUAAAGUAAACGAGCCGGACUUGGUAUUGUUCGUGGGAGAAGCUCUCGUCGGCAACGAAGCUGUGGAUCAGCUGGUGAAAUUCAAUCAGGCCUUGGCUGACUACAGUCAAUCUGCCAAUCCUCAUAUUAUCGACGGUAUCGUGUUGACGAAAUUUGAUACGAUCGACGAUAAGGUCGGCGCAGCUAUCACAAUGACAUACAUCACUGGUCAACCUAUUGUUUUUGUUGGAACCGGCCAAACUUACACCGAUCUGAAGUCAUUGAAUGCCAAAGCGGUGGUACACGCUUUGAUGAAGUGAAAGAUAGUUACGAGCAAUAAUAAAUCUCUACAGGUAUUCCUACCUGUGACAUAUGUAGAUUUCAUUCAAUCUUUGUUAUACACGUUGAUAUUACAGUCGAGCUUUUGUAUUACAUUCGGGACUGGGUUAGAUUAUUGUCCGGCUAAACUGUCGGGAUGAGGACUGAAGGAAAAGUCAAGAACUUGGGCCUUACGAGUAAAUAUGAAAACGCGACUGUACAAAAUUUCGCGAGGAUGACACUGUUGUUACGAAAAACGAAAAAGAAAACCUGAUAUUAGGAAAAAGAUUUAAAAAAAAGGGACUGAUUGCGCUCCCAAUUGGCGACGUUUCAGGUUACCGCAAACUGAUUGUAUUUGUCAAAUAAAGUUGAAUAUUUCACAGUUUA